AUGGCGAGAAAGAGGGUGUACUUCCGAAACAUCUUGAGAAAACAGUUUCCCUUGCUGGGGAAAGCGGUGGAUGGCAUAGAAACGCAAGGGAAGCACGCAUCGCAUGAGCUGCCCUAUCUGAAGCAGGCUGCAAGCAAGCAAGCCUCGGCUCAGAUGCUCUCCCCUCCCUCCCUUUCAGACUGUCACAACGGGGAAAAUCGUUUUAGAGACCCGACAGGAGGAGCGGACGUGGCUGAAGUUUUAGGGCUAAGCGUGGCGAGCAGAGAGGAAAACUUCGGGGAAGAGAAGGGCCGGGUUCAAACUCCGAAAUGUUGCUGUCGCUGCCACGUGCGCACUGCUUUUACUGCGGAAGUCAUUAACACGGAUAUAGACCCUUUUGGACCGAAUUUGCAGCGCGGAACGGCGAGCGGGGUGGGGGGCGCGAGAAGGGGGGAGGAGCUUCGGAAAGAAACGUUUCUGGAAGAUUCUCGGAAAAAUGAGCAGGGUUUUGAGAAUUCGCACAAAUUUGUCGGAAGGGCGAUUAGUGAGUCCCACGAGGGUUUGCGCGCGGAUCGGCAGGGGCCGGGCGAAUCGGACGCGGAGAACGCAACGGGGCGUUUGGGGACGGAACGGCGGGUCGAAGCCGCGCGUUUUAAAGGCAGUGCGGCGGACGGAACUGUCGCUCGGCGCGCUGCUGGCCCGUCGGCGGCACUUGCGCGCGAGGUCCGUGGUAUUAGCGGCGCCGACGGCAUUGUUGCGCGGGAGGCUAUCAGCGGAAGCGGUGCGGACGGAAUUGCCGCGCGUGAGGCUUUCCUCCGCGGGAGCUGCGCGGAGGGAAGUGUUGCGCUCGCCAGCUUUCCCCGCGGGAGCAGUGCGGCUGAAGCAGGCAGCGAGGCGGAGGGGCUUGGCGCAGAGGGGCUUGGCGCGGAGGGGCUUGGUGCGGAGGGGCUUGGCGCGGAGGGGCUUGGCGUGGAGCGGAAGACGAAGAGGCGGAGGCAUCAUGCGGCGUCGGAAGGGGCCAUGUCGGACCAGCCCAUCUAUGACGCAGUGCGCUCGCGCUUGGAGCGCCUCUCCUGCAUGCUCCGCUCGCAUUCUGACGCGCUGCCGUUCGGCGCUGCUGCUGGCCAAUCGCAGGGCUCGAAAGACGCCGUGGAGGGAAGGCAGUUGGGGGAUAACUCAAGCAGAGGUCAUGACUUGAGAAGAGGGCGUGAAUUGAGCAGCAGGGGUGUUGUAAGGGGCCAAGAAGAUGAUGCUGUAGGGGGGACAUGCGACAAUGAGGCCUAUGGGGAUAGUGAUGAUAACGAUAGUGGGGAUGGUGCCUGUGGCGUCAGUUGUGAUAACGGUAUUGGUGGUGCUAAUGAUGGUGGUUCAGGUUUACGUGUUGUGGGUGAUGGUGCUGCCGCUGCCGCUGUCGAUGCUGGCAAUGAUAAUGCGGGUGGGGGGCCCGGAAAUGGAGGUGUUGGAGUUGUAACUAAUAAAGGGGACAGCAGCGAUGGGGGCUCUACUAUAGCGGAGCAGCUACUAGCGAGGAUGGAGGAGGUGGCGAGGCUGAGUGAGGAGAACGUGCGGUAUCGAGCCGUCUUUGAGCUGUCCAUGGACCCCAUCUUCAUCUUUCGUCUGCACCAGAUGGAGAUCACAGACUGCAACGAGGCGGCUGUCACCAUCUUGCGUUGCGCCUCCAAAGCAGACGUCAUGUGCCGCCCAUUCCACGUCAGCUUCUCGCCGCCCGUCCAGCCGGACGGCCGCCCGACGGCCGAGGCGGCUGGGGAGGUGAUGGCGAGAGUGCAGAGCGGAGAGGCGAUCAGCUUCGAGUGGAUGCACUGGAUGCUGCGUGUGGCUGUUGCAAGUGAGCAUGAGGGGAGGCCGGCGAGGGGAGGGGAGGGCCAGGGGAGGGGAGGCCGGCGAGGGGAGGGGAGGGCCAGGGGAGGGGCGGCCGGCGAGGUGAGGGGAGGGCCAGGGGAGGGGCGGCCGGCGAGGGGAGGGGCGGCCGGCGAGGUGAUGGCGUGGGUGCAGAGCAGCGAGGCGAUCAGCUUUGAGUGGCUGCACUGUGCUGUUGAUGGCUCUCCGUUGCCUGUGCUGGUUCGAGUCAAGCACAUAGUGGCAGCGGGGCGGGACUGUGUGAUUGUGGUGUGGCACGACAUGAGGGAAGCCAAGAAGAGGGAGGAGGAGUUGAGGCAGGCCAAGGAGGCUGCAGAGGCGGCCAGCCGCGCCAAGACGCAGUUCCUGGCCAACAUGAGUCACGAGCUGCGCACUCCCAUGAAUGGCGUGUUGGGGGUGGUGGAGCUGCUACUGGCAUCAGGAGUGAGCAGCGCUGCCCGCACCAGCGAGCAGAGGGUGCUGCUGCAGGUGGUGCGGGCAUCAUCAGCGGAGAGCCUCGUGCGGUGCCUUAGAAACGCACUCACCCGUUUGUCCCCUCCCUCCCUCCUUCCAUGCUGCUGCUUUGGUUGCUUCCCCAGGCGUGUUGGAGGUGGUGGAGCUGCUACUAAGCUCGGGAGCGUGUUGGGGGUGGUGGAACUACUACUAAGCUCGGGAGUGAGCAGCGAGCAGAGGGCGCUGCUGCAGGUCGUGCGGGCGUCAGGGGAGAGCCUCGUGCGGAUCCUCUCAGACCUACUCGAUAUCACCCGCAUCGAGUCCCACUCGCUCGCCCUCUCCCCUGCGCCCUUCGGCCUCCACUCCGCAAUUGACAGCACUCUCGCGCUCAUGAGGGUUGUUGCCGUGAAGAAAGGGUCGUGCGUGCGGGCGUCAGGGGAGAGCCUCGUGCGAAUCCUCUCAGACCUCCUCGACAUCACCCGAAUCGAGUCCCACUCGCUCGCCCUCUCCCUCGCGCCCUUCGCCCUUCACUCGGCCAUUGACAGCACUCUCGCGCUCAUGAGAGUUGUUGCCGUGAAGAAAGGGCUGCAGUUUCGCUCCCUCAGUCCCACUCCCACUCCCUCCACCCCUGCUGUCUCCACUCUGCCAUCGGCAGCACACUCCCUCUCACUCACGCUCCCAUCCCCCUUCCCCCCGCCUCAUCUCUCCCUCCUUUCCCAUUCCUCCCUUUCUCUUCUUGGGAUCGUACCAGCUGUCAGUGACCGUCCAUCCAUCCACGCCACAGUGACCGUCCAUCCAUCCACGCCUCAGGAGGUGGUGGGCGAUGCAAUGCGGUUCCGCCAGGUGCUGCUCAACCUGCUUUCCAAUGCCAUCAAGUUCACUGAUAGAGGCUCCGUGGAAGUGCAUGUGACCAGGCUGCACGAAGCUUCCCUUAUCCCCUGCCCUCCCCUCCCCCUCUGUGCAUUCCCUCUCCCUCUGUGCAUUCCCUCCCCCUCUGUGCAUUCCCUCCCCCUCUGUGCAUUCCCUCCCCCUCUGUGCAUUCCCUCCCCCUCUGUGCAUUCCCUCCCCCUCUGUGCAUUCCCUCCCCCUCUGUGCAUUCCCUCCCCCUCUGUGCAUUCCCUCCCCCUCUGUGCAUUCCCUCCCCCUCUGUGCAUUCCCUCCCCCUCUGUGCAUUCCCUCCCCCUCUGUGCAUUCCCUCCCCCUCUGUGCAUUCCCUCCCCCUCUGUGCAUUCCCUCCCCCUCUGUGCAUUCCCUCCCCCUCUGUGCAUUCCCUCCCCCUCUGUGCAUUCCCUCCCCCUCUGUGCAUUCCCUCCCCCUCUGUGCAUUCCCUCCCCCUUGCAUUCCUCCCCCUCUGUGCAUUCCCUCCCCCUCUGUGCAUUCCCUCCCCCUCUGUGCAUUCCCUCCCCCUCUGUGCAUUCCCUCCCCCUCUGUGCAUUCCCUCCCCCUCUGUGCAUUCCCUCCCCCUCUGUGCAUUCCCUCCCCCUCUGUGCAUUCCCUCCCCCUCUGUGCAUUCCCUCCCCCUCUGUGCAUUCCCUCCCCCUCUGUGCAUUCCCUCCCCCUCUGUGCAUUCCCUCCCCCCUUCCCCUCUCAUCCCACAUGACAGAGGCUCUGUGGCAAGGCUCCGUGGAAGUGCAUGUGAGCAGGCUGCACGAACCCCCCCCCUCACGUGUCAAUGGCAAAGCUGGUGGGGCGGGGGGUAGGCUCUGGGCUGGUUCACCCUGGUCAGGCGAAUGUGUGCAGAAGGUUAGUGAUAGCAGGUCUUCUCGUGGGAGGGGGGAGUGUAGUGGAGAGGACACCUGGCAGGGUAGGGGAGCAAGAGGAAAUGGAGGGGCAGGGGGGGAAGGAGAAAGGGAAGUGGGAGCUGCAGCAGUUGGAGCAGGGGGAGAAGAGAAGGAAGUGGGAGCAGCAGCAGCAGCAGCAGGAGGAGGAGGCAGUGGUGGUGGUGGGGUUGAAAGGUCUCAAGGAAAGAAGAGGCAGAGAGAGAGAGAGGGGCGAGGUGAGGAACAGGAGAGUGAUGGAGGAGUGAAGAAGAAGGGGUGGUCUGAUACGGUGCAAACAGCAAGACCAGAGGUGGAGAGAAUUGGCGGGAUGAAGAAAACGUGGGUGGAGACGUCUGGAAGGGAGGGAGGGAUGAGGGUGGAGACAAGCGGAUGGUUAGAGGACUUGACCCACGUGGAGAUGAAUCAUCAGGGACAGCGGGUGGGGCAGGUGGAGGGGCAGCAGGAGGGGCAGCAGGAGGGACAGCAGGAGGGGCAGCAGGAGCAGCAGGAGGGGCAGCAGGAGCAGCAGGAGGGGCAGCAGGAGCAGCAGGAGCAGCAGGAGCAGCAGGAGCAGCAGGAGCAGCAGGAGCAGCAGGAGCAGGAGGAGCAGCAGCAGAAGUCAGUGGAGUGGGUGCAGGUGAGGGUGCAGGAUACAGGCAUAGGCAUGGCACCCCACGUCAUGCCCCACAUCUUCCACCCCUUCACUCAAGCCGACUCCUCCUCCUCGCGCCGCUUCGGAGGCACGGGGCUGGGCCUUGCCAUCUGUCACUCGCUCAUUGGCCUCAUGGGCGGGCGGAUCUCUGUGGAGAGUCGGCCUGGAGUUGGGUCGGCUUUCACUGUCUGUAUCCCGUUUGGAAAAGUUCAAAGGGAUGAGGUGGUGGUUGUGGGUGGGGUGAAUAAGCCUGCCCCAGAUGCACCUGCAGGUCCAUCCGCCCCAGCACCACCCGCCUCAGAAGCACCUGCCUCAGAACCACCUACCCCAGGAUCAGAGACUGGCGCAUCACUCUCCAUGCAGGGUCUGUCAGUACGCCCUCCCCCAGUCCAACCUGCCGGCACCUCAGUUGAGCCUACACCCACUGCCCUGAGCUCCCAUCAGGCUCAACACCCUUCGCCCUCCCUCCCUGCAACUCCCACUUUCCCUCGACCUCCUUUUCUCGCUGCUCCUGCCGCUGUAGCUGCACCUCCCAUUGUCCCCACACCUCCUCCUCAUCUUCAUUCCCUGCAACCCACUCCAGCAGUCGCCUCCGUCCCUCCGUUCUUCCCACCCUCCCUUUCUCCUUCCCUCGCACCCUCCUUCGCACCUUCCCUCGCACCUUCCCUCUCACCUUCUCCCCCACCCUCCCUCGCACCUUCACUCGCACCUUCCCUCGCACCCUCCCUCGCUCCUUCACUCGCACCUUCCCUCCCACCCUCCCUCGCACCUUCCCUCGCACCCUCCCUCGCACCUUCCCUCGCACCUUCCCUCGCACCUUCCCUCGCACCCUCCCUCGCACCCUCCCUCGCACCCUCCCUCGCACCCUCCCUCGCACCCUCCCUCGCACCCUCCCUCGCACCCUCCCUGCCUCCUUGUUCUGAACCCACUCACAGCACCGCUCCCCCUCCUCCUCUUCCUCGUCCUCCAGAGGAGGAUGUGGAGGCGCAUGCUGGUGGGAACAGGAGAGGAGGAGAGGCAUAUGAGAUGGACCGGGAUGUCAAGAGAGCCUGUAUCAGGCAGCAGACGGAUACUCAGGGGAAUGGACGAUGUUCAAAUGAAGAACAAGCGCAGGAUAAAGAAUCACAGGAGCAGGAAGAGCAGGGAGAGCAGGGAGAGGAGGGAGAGGAGGGAGAGCAGGGAGAAAAGGGGGAGCAGGAAGGGCGGAGAGAGCAGCAGGGCAAGGGGCGUGGCACCAAGGAAGGAGAGGGGAAGACCUCGCCGUUUGAGGGGAUGAGGUGUCUGGUGGCGGAGGACAACCGGGUGAACCAGCUGGUGGUGACGCGCAUGCUGCACAGCCUGGGCGUGGCGUGUGACGUGGCCGUCAAUGGCCGUGAGGCCGUUGAUAAGUGCGCUCAGCGGGACUACGACCUUGUGCUCAUGGACUGUCAUAUGCCUGAGAUGGAUGGAUUUGAGGCAACGCGCCUCAUUCGGCAACAUUAUACUGAUCAGAAUAUGGUUCCAUAUUUCAAUAGUAACGGCGCCAGCAGCGGCCUCGACUGCAGUGUAGCCGCCCCUGCUUCGGCUGCUGCAGCAGCUUCGCAGGACAAAGUGCGCGGAGGCAUUCUCGCCGCCGCCACUCGCGCGUUCUCUGGGUUGCGCGAUAGGCUGCUGGCGGAUCCAGCCUUCCUCUUCAAAGUGUUCACAGAGAUCGUUAUCGACUCUGGCUGUGCCACAUUUGCUGAAGUGCGGAAACGAGGAGACGACUUUUGGAAGGAGUUUGAUCUCUAUAUGUCAGAUAUCCUCGUGGGAUUCGCUGUAGACGCUGCCCUCGUCAGCAUGCUCGCCCCCAUGGCUAGGUUCGGCAGCAGCGCCGCAGCUUCGGCAGCCCGAGGCAGGCGAGGCUUGGUGCCGCCCGGCCUGGCUGCAGCUCUGGAGGCGCUUCCCAGCAGCAUGUUUGAGGCGGCGCUGCCUGGGAGGAGAUACAGUGUGGUGCAGAGGGGUGCGACGUGGUUGGUGAAGGGCGGGCAGUAUGCUGUAGUGGGGUUCAGCUGUGGUCUGAUUGGCCAGGCGAUGACAACUGCUAUUGUGCUAAUCAAGCGGUGCGUGUUGGUUGCGGGUGGAAGGGGGGUGGAAAGGGGGGGUGGAAAAGGAGGGAAGAUGGGAUAUUCAAGAGGGAGGGAGAUGGGUGGGAUUCAGCUGUGGUCUGAUUGGCCAGGCGAUGACAACUGCUAUUGUGCAAAUCAAGCGGUGCGUGGUGGUUGGGUAAGGAAUCUGAGGAAGCCUGGGGAGCAGGAGGAGGAGGUGAAGAUCCUCAGCCUUAUGCCACUUCCCUGCGACUCACUUGUGGAAUCUGAGGAAGCCGGGGGAGCACGAGGAGGAGGUGAAGAUCCCGGGCAUGAUUCCCACCGCCUUACUCUGGGGUACGAGAUACACCCUUUUUUUUUUCAAAUUAAGUCGAUUCUCUGCCUGCUUUUCAUUGCUCUUCUUUGUGGUACGACAUACGCUUGUCCCUCGCCCUUUCUGAUGCUCGACUCUUCUCCCUCACUCCACUCCAACUCUUUUCUCUUGCAACCCCCAUCCACGACCACACUCCCCAAAAAUAUACUCUUUUCUCCUUGCCACCUCCCAUAUGGAUUCAUUCAUUUUUUUCUGAUUCAACAUUCCCACCCUUUCCCCUCCCUCAUCACCCUUUCCCCUCCCUCAUCACCCCUUCCCCUCCCUCAUCACCCUUUCCCCUCCCUCAUCACCCUUUCCCCUCCCUCAUCACCGUUUCCCCUCCCUCAUCACCGUUUCCCCUCCCUCAUCACCCUUUCCCCUCCCUCAUCACCCUUUCCCCUCCCUCAUCACCCUUUCCCCUCCCUCAUCACCCUUUCCCCUCCCUCAUCACCCUUUCCCCUCCCUCAUCACCCUUUCCCCUCCCUCAUCACCGUUUCCCCUCCCUCAUCACCCUUUCCCCUCCCUCAUCACCCUUUCCCCUCCCUCAUCACCCUUUCCCCUCCCUCAUCACCCUUUCCCCUCCCUCAUCACCCUUUCCCCUCCCUCAUCACCCUUUCCCCUCCCUCAUCACCCUUUCCCCUCCCUCAUCACCCUUUCCCCUCCCUCAUCACCCUUUCCCCUCCCUCAUCACCCUUUCCCCUCCCUCAUCACCCUUUCCCCUCCCUCAUCACCCUUUCCCCUCCCUCAUCACCCUUUCCCCCUCCCUCAUCACCCUUUCCCCUCCCUCGUCACCCUUUCCCCUCCCUCAUCACCCCCUCGGGUGGCUUCAUGGCAGUGUCAUCCAACACGCGCUAUCCGAUCAUCAACGGCUUGGAGCGGCUCGUCGAGUCCUCACCCUUCCCCAUAUCCCCCGUUUUCCCUGCCUCCCCGCCCUUGCCAUGCCAUUUCUGCCUCCCCGCCCUUGCCACGCCACUUCUGCCUCCCCGCCCUUGCCACGCCACUUGUGCCUCCCAGGUGGCUUCAUGGCAGUAUCAUCCAACAUGCGCUACCCCCUGUGGCUUCAUGGCAGUGUCAUCCAACACGCGCUAUCAGAUCAUCAACAUGCUGGAGCGGGUGAUGGAGUCGUGGCUUCAUGGCCGUGUCAUCCAACACGCGCUAUCAGAUCAUCAACAGGCUGGAGCGGGUGGUGGAGUCUUGUUCUCCCCCCGGCGAACUUUAAAUCCUACCCUUUCUCUUCCUGAAUUCCUCUUCACUGCAGGUGGAUUCAUGGCAGUGUCAUCUAACACGCGCUAUCAGAUCAUCAACGGGCUGGAGCGAGUGGUGGAAUCGUCACCAUUGGCCCGCAGCAUGCCCCUGGGAGCGCGCAUCUUCACUGUUCUCAUCCGCUUCAGCAACAACAUCUUCGGCAGCAGCCAGUUUGUCGAGGUCGCACGGUGGAGCGGCGUGCAGUAA